CUCUCCCUCCCGACCACACCACACCACACCACACCACACCACACACACUCAUUUCACUUGAGUUUUAAGGUUGUGGGGCGUCACCAAAUAAAUUAUGCCCCUUUUGGUGAUGAGGUUGGUGGUGACGGCCCUGGUGUUGCUCAGCUCCAAGGGCGUGCAGGGUGUGGCUGGCGGCGAGGUGGACUCUGAGAGCAACCUUCACCGCCUUGGAAACAAUUCCUGUAAUAAAGUCGUCACCUGUUACUAUUCUAAUUGGGCGUACUGGAGAAGUGGCGAUGGUAAAUACACAGUGGAGGACAUCGACUUGAACGUGUGCACUCAUCUUGUGUAUGCCUUUGCCGUCCUCGACAGCACCUCAUACAAAAUCAAGGCCCAUGAUGAAUAUCUUGACUUGUCAGAAAAUUAUGGUAUUGGCAAUUUUAAAAAGUUUACAAACCUCAAACAACAGAAAGCGGGACUGAAGACGCUGCUGGCCAUUGGUGGCUGGACUGAUUCCCGAGGUAGCUAUAAGUACUCAGACCUUGUUGCCUCACAGACUCGAAGACGGAACUUCAUCGAUGACGUGAUUCCCUUCCUACAAAAGUAUGAUUUCGAUGGGCUGGACCUAGACUGGGAAUAUCCAUCUUAUGAAGACGGCGGCCGACCGCAAGACAAAGAAAAUUUUGGCAUUUUCGUGAAGGAAUUGAAGACUGCUUUCCAGUCCCAUAAUUUGAUGGUGACGGCGGCGGUUGGAGCCUCGGAGAAGCUGGGCAAUGAGGGCUACGAUAUCCCGGUGCUCGGCCAGUACCUGGACUUUAUUCACCUGAUGACAUACGACUACCAUGGGUCGUGGGAGACUCAGGCUGACCACCACUCCCCGCUCUACAAACCAGAGAACGAUAUUAACAAUUUUUACUCUGACUUUGCAGUAUCUUUCUGGAUUAAUAAAGGCGCCCCAGCAGAUAAACUUGUGCUGGGUGUGCCGCUCUAUGGUCGCUCAUUCACCCUCAGCACCUCCAAAACAAUACCCCCGGCCCCAGCCUCUGGCCCCGGCACCGCUGGCACCAUCACUAAUUCGGCAGGUUUCCUUAGCUAUUUGGAGAUCUGUUCCAAAGUACAGAGCGGAUGGACGGUGGUCACUGACGCAACUGGUACGAUGGGUCCAUACGCUUACAGUGGCCAACAGUGGGUCGGUUACGAUGACGUGGAUAUGGUCCGCAAAAAGGCUCUGUAUGUAAAAAUGCGGGAACUUGGCGGGGCCAUGGUGUGGGCCCUCGACCUGGAAGAUUUUCGUGGUUCCUGCAAUGCUGGAAAGUAUCCAUUAAUGAAAACACUGAGUUCUGAGCUACUAAACUCAAGUUCCUGUGCAGUAACACAAGGCCCGAGGACAGAGCCAGGCACUCCAGCGCCCGGGACCACCACCACCCCAGCGUGUCAAGAGGGAUGUGCACAGUCUUCCACUCCUGCUCCAACCUCAACUCCCACACACGCACCAACGCCCACAAGCCACCCAACAACACAACCACCUUCUGGCCCCUGCACACAAAACUUCGUGUGUCCUGGUGACGGGUUGUGGGCGGACCCGUGCGACUGUCAAAAAUUCUACCAGUGCCAUGCUGGCCGAGCCUUCCAUAAAACCUGCCCCGCCGACACGCUCUGGAGCCAGAUUAUGAUGUACUGUGACUGGGCUUACAAUGUGAUAUGUUCCAUUACGGCAACGACCAAUGCUAACACCACUACAUUGAUGACUACUACCUCCAGUACAGCCAUGCCCACUACCACCACUACAGCCACGACAACCACCGCCCUCACCUUCGAGAAGAUGUGUCCUGGGGAAGUGGUGUACCUGUGUAACUCCACUGGCAUGGUCUACGUGCAAUGUUCCUUCAGGUGUCCAGAAGGAAACCUAUGGAGCAUGGAACUGAUGAAGUGUGUAGAUGAGUCCAGUCCUAGUGCUGGUUGUGGUUAGUGGAGGUAGCCUACCCAGUCCCAGUGCUGGGAGUGGCUAGUGGAGGCACCCAGCCCUAGUGCUAGUUGUGGCUAAAGAAGGGCUCCUACGGCAGACAAUGAACAACACUUCAUUAAGUUAACUUGUUUCCAGUGUAAUCAAGGGAGAAUACAUCACUGAGAACACAAAAUAUUAAAGUAGUUUUAAGAAAAUUACUUAGAUGGUCCUAAUUCACCUGAGGUAUAAUAAUUAGAUUGUCAAGGUGCAUAUUUUCUUUUUUAUAAUAUUUUUUAAUAACUUAUUGUACAUAUCUUGGGUCUCUGGGUUAUAAAGGUAUAAAUUUCCUGGUAUUGGUUCUUGAUUGAUUUACACUGUAUAUAUAAAGGAUUUAAUUUUGUAUCAUACAUUCACAAAUUAUAUCAAACUAUAUACGAUGCAUCGAACCGGUGUAAUUAAUAAAGGUCUCUGAAAU